AUGGGGGAAGAAGUGGGGGAGAAGCCCCUAAGGAGGAUGGCGGAGGCCUUCGAUGAGCUUGCCGUCGCCGUGAAGAGCAGUAAAGCCCGAGAAGGGGGCGAGGGCCUGGACGCCGCCUGCUUCUCCCACGCGUGCGCCCGCGUAUCUGUCCUCUUCAGCUGCCUCGGUAUCGCCUUCAAGUUUGCUGAAAUGGAUUACGUUGCCAAGGUCCCGGAGCCCUUCUAUUUCCUGUCUAUGUUCGCCGUCUAUUCUGGGAUCUAUCGGAAAGGAGUCUCAUACUCUCUUAGCGAGGAUUUGUUCUCAUUUUUCAAUAUUUCCCUAAUUUUAUCAGUAAUGGUUAUUAGGUUAGGUCUCGAUCUUUUUCAAGAUCUCUGUAUAUAUUUCUCUUUGAUUCUGUCGAAUUGAUCAUGAAAUAGAAGCAGAUUCUCAUUCCGUUAGAAAAUCAUUGUUUCGAUCCGGGGUUGCACCGUUGACAUUGCGAAAAUCUCAUGGCAUUUUUAUCCUCCUCUGUGUUCUAUAUAAUUUUAUUAAAUUCGCAGUCGAUCAUCAUUUCCAUAGGAGAUUUUACUGUUGAUGUUUUUAACAACUCUCAAGUCGCGGUGUAUGAGAUUUCACGUCCCUAAGAAGACAGCAUCAAACUAGCCCAAGCCGUUGAAAAUGCUCCCCUCCAAGAUGAACGGAAAAUUUUGGAAUAAGUAAUAGAUGUUCUCAAUGAUGUUCAAACUUAUUUUGAAUGAUGUUCUCAAUGCACAGUUGGAUCUCGACUAUUCAUAUAUAUAUAUAUAUAUAUAGAAUCUGUUCUCUGGAAAAGAAAUUUCUCCGGAUGUAGAGGAUUUCUCUGCCCAAGAUUUGUUGCUAUCAAUCUUUCAUAUAGGGAGUUCAUGACUGGAACAGUGAACAUCUCGUUAAAUGGCAUUAUACUUGUAAAUUUCAACGUUAAGGCAGAGUAAUUCCCAACGUGGAUUAAUUUUUAGCUAUCAUUAAAAAGUUGUCAUUUUGUAUGAUCUUCGUCUCAACUUGAAUUCGUUUUUAGUUCCUAAAUGAAGUUGAAAUUGGCGAUAAUCUUCAGAAAGUCAAACAAUUUUGCGAAUAUAUUGAAUUCCCUGGGACAGUUUGGUGUGGAAAUCUCCUGCUUCGGUUCCAUCCAAACAGAGAAAAGGGAUCUUGUGUGCAAUUAAAACAAUCUUCAAUUCUGCAGUGGUGUCCCCACUUUUUCCAUAUAGAUUGAUGAGAACGCAUCUAAUUAUUUUUAUCCUACCAUUAAAUGGCCUUUGAUUUCGCUUAUUCUGGGUGAUGUCAGGUUGAGGAUCUGAAGUCCGCAUCAAAGUCAAUAACCACGCUGGAAUCCAUGCUCCAGCUGGACAUUGAGCAGGAUACCGUGAGGAAGGCUGGAAGCCAUACGAGAAACCUUCUCAGAGUGAAGCGAGGACUGGACAUGGUCAGGGUCCUCUUCGAACAGAUUCUAGCAUCUGAGUAUGGCCUCUUCCUCCUCCCUUUCCUACUGACGACAUCUGAAAAGACUUUGCAGGAUGGAUCAAUCAUUCUGAAAUCUCAUUCGAUGAUGUGGAUUUUAUGAAAGAGCAAGGCAGGCAAUCAAAGAAAAUGUGUCGUAGAAACCGGACACACUAGUUUUAUGCGCUUCAAACCUGCUGGAUCUUGAAGUUCCCAAUGAUUUGAUUGCUCCAUAUUUAAUUUAUUCUCCUUCAAUAAUCGAAAUCACAUGGAACAAGUAGAACACUGGUUCCCAAUUAUCUUCCCAUGCUGAGAAAAUUCUCCAAUGCAUGUCAUCUGAAACUCGAAAUCCAUUGUGUGAGAUGGGAGGGGGGUGGCACAUUGCUAGAAAGAUUCUCUUAUUACUGGUUUCGUCUCAAUCUACCAACUCCCAUUUCUUCUGCUACAUCAUCAUCGUCGGCAUCGACAGUACUAACUGUUGGGACCUUCGAUUUCAGUGGGAACUCCCUCAGGGAUCCAGCAUCAGUGGCCUAUGCGCAAGUCUUCGCUCCCCACCAUGGAUGGGCCAUAAGGAAGGCUGUUGCCGCUGGAAUGUACGCACUUCCUUCAAAGUCUCAGCUCCUGAGGAAACUCAACGAGGAAGGUGAACCCGAAGCCCCAUUUUAUUGCAUGCAGGCUUUAAUAAUAAAUACAUUUCCAUGCCCAAGCUGACAUCUGAGAGCACUCGCUCUCUCUUUCCAGAGUCCUCGGCCCGAGUCCACAUGCAGAGCUACGUCGCCACAUCGGCUUCCAUCAUUCAUUAUGUUCAUGAGCUUUUCUUUGUGAGAGAUCUGGGCAUCGAUUGGUGA